AUUGUGUCUCAACCAAUCAUGAUUCUUGUUUGUCCACUUUUUCGUCGCUUAUGAAUGGUUCGGCAAAAGGAAAAUGGCUCAUUUAACAAUGACUCAUAUGUAUCUAAAUAAGGAGAUUUUGGAAAAUCGCUUCGAUAGCUCAGUGGUAGAGCGGAAGAUUGCAGUAACAGCAAUAAUCUUCAGGCCGCGUGUUCGACCCACGCUCGGAGCUGUUUUCUCUUUCUUUUUGAUGCCACUUGCAUUUUUUUCGGAAGAGAAUUUUCAUUAUUUUCCCUGCAAGUUUUAGCCACUAGGAGUCACUUUUGAGCAGUGCCCGCCCUCUGUGUCAAUACAAGCGAGAUUAAGCGAGCACCUGCA